UCUAUAAAUACAGCAGAACUCAUCAUCCACUUCCUCUGCAACCAACUUCUUGUUUCAUUUGCAUCCCUCUACCCUGCAUUUGCAACUUACUCCUAAAAUGGCACCCCUGAGAUGGCUCUUGAUCUCUGUUGCAUGUUUCCUUUUCAUGCAGAGUCUUGGAAAGUCUGAGACCUGUCCUGAUUGUUUUAUCCAUUCUCGGGCAGGUUAUUACCCAAAUUCUGACCAAAAAGGAACAGAAGUUGGGGAAUGUGGCUUUGGUAAGUUUGGAGCAACACUCAACGGCGGUGACGUUUCGGCUGCAUCAGAACUAUAUCGAGGGGGUGUAGGAUGUGGUGCUUGCUAUCAGGUAAGGUGCACUUACAGUUAUUAUUGCCUGGAUAAAGGAGUAACUGUAGUCAUAACUGACCAUGGAAUCAGUGAUCGAACUGACUUCAUUCUCAGCCAGCGAGCCUUUAGUCAGAUGGCACAGAGCACAGAUGCAGCAGCCUCUCUACUGGCACUUGGAAUUGUUGACAUUGAAUAUAGAAGGGUCUCAUGUAGCUACCCUAACAAAAAUAUUACAUUCAAGAUCGAUGAGAGCAGCAAUAACCCUUAUUAUUUAGCUUUUGAAAUAUUGUACCAGCAAGGAAAGAUGGACAUUACAGCUGUGCAGCUCUGUGAGACACAAAACUUUGUUUGUAAACUCUUGGAUAGGACUCAUGGAGCAGUAUGGACGACCACCUCGCCGCCAAGUGGGCCUUUAUCGAUAAGGAUGCUAUUUAGUGCCAAUGAUGAAGAUCAGACAUGGGUAGUUCCAGUCAACAACAUACCAGGAAAUUGGAAACCUGGAGACACAUAUGACUCAGGAGUACAAGUAAAUGCUUAGCCAAAGAAACUGAAUGUUGUCAUUUUACGGUCAAUAAGUCCUCGGUGUUCUUGUGCUUUAUUUUUUAUUCGGUUCCUAUCCAAUUUUAGUCAGGAGAUGGUGCAAGAAGUUGGAGUUCUACAUGUAGUCAUUCCAUUACUGCUCACUAGUCAAAGUAACCAUGAGAAGAAUUAUAGGUUUGUAGUAAUUCUCUACCAUAGACUAUGGACUAAUUGUAUCCUCCUUCUAUGUUAAAAGAAUUGAUUGCAUAUGAAUAAAUUGGAUGCAAGACA